AGGCCUAAAAUCCCAACCAGACACAUCAUGUGUCUCUUAGCUGGAACAGGCCAAAGUCCUAUUUAUAAUGAACCUUUAACAGCAUGGAGUCGGGCGCAUGCGCCGUAGAAGCUGGAUUGUUGCAGCCCCAGACAGGGCGGCCCGUUACCAAGCACUGCACCGCGCGCAGGGUCUGGCAACGACGACAACAGCAGCAGCAGCAGCAAGCAGCGAGCAUUGACAGAGGGAAUACAGCCAGCGUGAUCACAACAACACAGACACUCCUGAAUACAGAAGGGUGAUGGCAGUAAAUGUGUACGCCACCUCUGUCUCCAUUGACAACCUCAGCAGACAUGACAUGCUGGCAUGGGUCAAUGAUUCUUUGCAUCUCACCUACACCAAGAUCGAACAGCUCUGUUCAGGAGCGGCAUACUGCCAGUUCAUGGACAUGUUGUUUCCAGGUUGCAUCCUCCUGAAGAAGGUCAAAUUUCAAGCCAAACUGGAACAUGAAUUUAUACACAACUUCAAAGUUCUUCAGGCAGCUUUCAAAAGGAUGAGUGUCGACAAAAUUAUUCCUGUAGAAAAGCUCGUAAAAGGGAAGUUCCAGGACAACUUUGAAUUUGUGCAGUGGUUCAAGAAAUUCUUCGACGCCAACUACGACGGGAAGGAGUACGACCCUUUAGUAGCCAGACAAGGGCAAGACGUGGCCCCUGCCCCCAACCCAGGACCACAGAGAACGUCUCCAACAGUUCCCAAAAACAUGCCAACACCACAGCGGGUCCAACACAACACUCCAGCUAUGAGGAAGAACCCAUCUUUGUCUAGAAACGGGGGGAGUGACGCUGAGAUCAUGGAGCUAAAUCAACAGUUGAUGGAGUUGAAGUUGACCGUUGACGGACUAGAGAAGGAGAGAGACUUCUACUUCAGCAAACUACGGGACAUUGAGCUUAUCUGCCAGGAACAUGAGAGUGAAAACAACUCUGUCCUCAGCAAGAUAAUCGACAUUCUCUACGCAACAGAGGAGGGUUUUGCGCCUCCUGAGGAUGAAGAGCUCGAUGAACAAGCCCACUUGGACCAGGAUGAAUACUGAACUCUUCAUGCCCCUCCUCCCUGACUCUACAUCUUCCCUCUCCUUUUCUUUUCACCCUCAUUUGUUUUCUACUCUGCACGCUCUAUAAAUACCCACCAUUACCCCGGUUCUCCGUCUGUCUUUUCCUUUCUUUCUCAUAUGUAUAUCUGUUAGUAACCUCCCCCCCUAUCCUCCCUCUGGCCGUCUCUACACAACUACACUUCAUCAUCGGUCGCUGCUCCUCCCUGCCUCCACUUACACAAGUACAAUAACAGUAAUCUUUGUCUCCCAGUUAUUUCAGCAUGAGUAACGCAGAUAUUUGAGCCAAGCCUGGCAUGGAGGUUGUGAUGGCAAACCAGUUAUGGUGGAUUUAAAGUCUGUAAAUAUUAGUGACAUUGUGAUUUCUGUGAGAACAAUGUCUCUGCUCGUUCUGGAGUUAUUUAUUUGCCUUUUGUGCGCUGUGAUUCUUCUAUUAGAGCACUGAACAACGCUGCUCCAAUGUGCCAUUAGGUCACUCCCAGAGCUACUAAAACUGUAACUAAGUGACUUUUUAAUAGCAAUUUCUUAUUUAUUUAACUUAUAUUUCAUUUAGAUUAACUUUCUGUAGCAUAAAUUGGUGCAAAACCUACUGUACAAGAAUUGAACGCUGAGGCCAUGUGUGUUAUAUCAGUUACAGUUUGCGCGCGAGUCAGGCUUUGAGUUAAGUUUUGUUCUGGUGGGUUCAUGGCAUGUAGAAAAGCUGAAGGAAACUUGGUGCAAUGACUUAAGGCGUAUGAUCAGUGCUCCACGAUUAUUCAUCAUUGAUCAGCAACAUAUCUGAGCAUGAGAAUGUUACACAUUGACUGUGAAUGAGUGAUAUUUUGUAAAUGUAUUUUGUGUGGAGAUUUUGUCUGAUGUCGCACGAUCCUGGUUACUUACCGUCGUAUCUUUAAGGCCAAAAUGCAGGAACCUUUGAGUUUAAAAUUUAGAGGUGGGAAAACCACCUGCAGACUGACAAUAUGGUUAUAGAUUGUAGCAGUUCUGAUGUGUUAUACUAAAAUACAAGGGAGCCCAAAACUGAAUUAAUAUAGACCCUUAAUCACAUGACAGCUUUUGUCAUGUUUCCCCUGCAAACUCUUUUUAUUUGCUGUUAGGGUUCCCAGUGUGUAUGAGUUGUAGUUUGAAAGUCUUUAUAAAGAGAUCUGUGACCGCUUGGUCAACAUAAGCAUCCAGUUAAACCAAGGAAGCCUCCUUGUCCUUCCCCAGCUUUUUUUACUUUGCGAACUGGCUGUCGUCUGCUCUGGAACUUGCAUUCAUUGAUCAUGUAAACAUCUACAAAACACUCAUAUUCUGAGUUUUGAAUAAAUAAACAGUUGUGAAAUAAA